AUGGGGACCAAGUUUGACGUGACUCCGGAAAAGCAGGCCAGCGUGCCUCGCUUCUUCUAUAAUCAGCUCACGGUCAAGCCCGUCACGGUCCAGGGUGUCAGUCUCGUGGGCAAGACUGCCUUGGUGACCGGGUCCAACUCCGGUGUGGGCUUUGAAACCAGCCGACAACUCCUCGACUUGGGAUUGAGCAAGCUCAUUCUGGCUGUCCGCAGUGAAGAGAGAGGUCAGACGGCGAAGAAGAAGUUAUCCGCUGACCGAAAUCUAUCCGACGAUAGCAUCGAGGUCUGGAACCUUGAUCAGUCUGACUAUGGCUCGGUCGUCGCCUUUGCGGAGCGCACCAAGAGCCUCCCCGUUAAGGAAAAACGCGCCGCGCAAGGGGGUCCGAGUCGGAUUACGAUUGUCUCGUCAGAGGUCUCUGCGUGGACAGCCUUCAAGGAGAAGGAAAGCUUUCCGCUGCUGGCAUCGCUUGACCAGAAAAAUGCGAAGGUAGACCUCCUGGAUCGGAUGAUGGUCUCCAAACUGCUGGGACAGUUCUUCCUGUCGUAUUUGGCUUCUAUUGUCCCACCUUCUGUGGUGAUCAUCAAUGCCGCGUCGCCGGGCUCUGUUCACGAUUCAGAUUUCAACCGUGAGCAUGAUAAAACUUUCUCUGGGGCGAUCGCAAAGGUCGUGAUGCGUCGGCUGGCCAACACCGCUGCGGUUGGAGCUCGAAUGAUCACCGAUGCAGCGGUCAACCAUGGCCAGGAGACGCAUGGCGAAUUCCUCUCCUUUCAGAAAAUUGUGCCGUUGGCACCGAUUAUCUACACCGCAGAGGGAAAGAAGAUCUCGGAACAGCUCUGGAAGGAGACCAAGGAAGAACUAGCCAUCGCAAAUCUGGAGGAGAUUCUCAAGACCAUUUCGCAGUAG